AUGACCGCAGACACUGUCUCUUCGGAGGAAAAAUCAAUCCAAGACGAGAAACCCCUCAAAGUAGAGUCGAGGGUUGAUGAAGACGUCAACGGAGUUCACGGACAUGGGAGUCUCAAGUCGAAGGGACAGCCCGGUGCACUGACUACUUGGUGGAGAGUGCUUACCUUCAAACCUCUCUAUGCUCCUCCACCUCCAGCAUCUCUACACGAUGCGAAACUGUCACCGGAGGUUGAUGCAAAUCUAUUUAGUUUACUAUGGUUCAGCUGGAUGACCCCCAUCCUCUCUUUGGGUUACGCACGCCCUCUCGAGGCUACUGACCUCUACAAGAUGCAGGAUGAUCGGGCCUCCGCACUCAUUGCCAAGCGCCUCCUCGAUUCGUUUAAAAGACGGCAGAAAGACGCUCAGGAGUACAACGAUCGUUUGGCACGUGGGGAGAUUAGCCCAGGCAUUAAGCGUCUUUGGUGGACACUGCAGGGCAAAAGAAAGGAACGCGAAAAGCAAUGGAGAGAGAAGGGCGGAAAGAAGAAGGCCUCACUUAUUCUUGCCAUGAAUGAUAGCAUUAAGUGGUGGUUUUGGAUCGGAGGCAUUUUCAAAGUCAUCGGUGACACAGCACAGAUUACCAGUCCACUUAUAGUCAAGGCUAUCAUCAACUUCGCUACAGAGUCUUACUACGCACAUGAUCUUGGAGUACCAGCGCCCCCUGUUGGUCGAGGCAUCGGUCUUUCUUUCGGCCUUCUCGCUCUGCAGUUCAUCGGCUCAUGGGGCAGUCAUCACUUCUUCUAUCGCAGUAUGUCGAGCGGCGUGCUCCUUCGUGGGGGGCUCAUCACCGCCAUCUACUCCAGGUCCCUUCGCCUCACCUCUCGUGCCCGCUCGACUCUUAGUAAUGGGAGACUGGUUAAUCAUAUUUCGACAGACGUCUCGCGCAUUGACUUCUGCAUGGGCUGGUUUCACAUGGUUUGGGCAGCCCCCAUCCAACUGAUUGUGUGUCUGAUUUUGCUCCUCGUCAAUCUGGGGCCAAGUGCACUGGCAGGCUAUGCAUUGUUCAUUAUAUGCAGUCCCGGGCAGACAGUGCUUCUAAAGCAGUUUUUCUCGCUCAGAGUCAAGAGCAUGUCAUGGACCGACAAACGGUCCAAACUUCUACAAGAGCUGCUCAGUGGAAUGCGUGUCAUCAAGUUCUUUGGUUGGGAGCUGCCUUUCCUGAAGCGCAUUUCUGAGUAUCGAUAUCAGGAGAUGAAGUACAUCCGUACACUACUCAUCUUUCGUGCUGGGAUGAACGCGUUCGCUAUUUCGCUUCCUGCGUUAGCCACAGUACUCGCGUUUAUUACAUACUCGUUGACUGGGCACUCUCUGAAUGCGGCUACUAUCUUUUCUUCUCUCACACUUUUCCAACUUGUCCGAAUGCCGUUGAUGUUUCUUCCCUUGGCAUUGAGUUCCAUUUCUGAUGCUGCAACUGCUUGCGAACGACUGUACGACGUUUUCGUCGCCGAGACUAUGGACGAGGACCUCAUCGAGAAUCACGAUCUCGAUGUCGCCUUGCGGGUCAAGGGUGCAGACUUUACUUGGGACAGCCCUCCCCCUCGACCUGAAGAUCCCAAGAAGAAGGGCAAGGGUGGAAAGGGCACAGGGCAGAAGCCCGGCAAGAAAGGGAAGAAAGGUUCCGAGGUACCUGCAGCACCGAAGCCUCCUAACGAUCAAGAUAUCUUUAAGCUAUAUGAGAUAGACAUGGAGAUUCCCCGAGGUCAACUCGUCGCUAUCGUUGGUGCGGUUGGCUCGGGCAAGACAUCGUUGCUUCAGGGCUUGAUUGGCGAGAUGAGACGUACUGCUGGUACUGUCGAAUUCGGCGGCAGCGUCGGUUACUGUGCACAGACCGCAUGGAUCCAGAACGCCACGAUUCGCGAGAACAUUCUGUUCGGCCAGCCCUUCGACGAGGAUCGGUAUUGGCAUGCUGUGCGCGCAUCCUGCCUUGAACCUGACUUAGAUAUGCUUCCCAAUUACGACCUGACCGAAGUUGGAGAAAAGGGUAUCUCUCUGUCUGGCGGGCAAAAGCAACGAAUCAAUAUCUGCCGAUCCAUUUACUGCGAUAGCGAUAUCCAAAUUUUCGACGAUCCCCUAUCUGCUCUUGAUGCACACGUCGGGAAAGCUGUCUUCAAGAACGUCAUUAAAGAGAAUCUGCAAGGGAAAACUCGUAUCCUUGUCACCCAUGCGCUCCACUUCCUGCCUCAUGUUGACUUCAUCUACACCCUCUUGGACGGCAAAAUCGCCGAGCGCGGCACCUACCAGGAGCUGAUGGCAAAUGACGGAGCGUUUUCUAAGUUCAUCUCCGAGUUUGGUUCUACGGAAGAAGCUAAGAAGGAGGAAGAGGAAGAGGCUGUCGCAGAAAUGAAAGACGCCAAGAAAUCAUCUGCGGCAGCUAAAGGCCUCAUGCAGGAGGAGGAGCGUAAUACUGGCGCCAUCAAGUGGCAAGUCUACAGCGAAUAUAUCUCUGCAGGACACGGUCUCGUCGUGGUGCCACUGUUGAUUGUUUCGUUGGCACUGAUGCAAGGUUCAAGCGUCAUGUCCUCGUACUGGCUUGUUUACUGGGAAGAAAGGAAAUGGCACCAGUCCAGCGGCUUCUAUAUGGGCAUCUAUGCAGGUCUUGGCGUUUCGCAAGCUCUUACUAUGUUUUUCAAUGGCGCGCUAUUCGCCAUGCUCACGUAUUUUGCAUCCCAAAAACUGCAUGCAAGAGCUAUCAACAGAGUAAUGUAUGCACCUAUGAGCUUCUUCGAGACUACGCCUCUAGGUCGAAUCAUGAACCGUUUUGCCAAAGACAUUGAUACCGUCGACAACACCAUCGGAGACGCUCUUCGUAUGCUUGCUGCAACACUCUCACAAAUCAUUGGGGCUAUUAUCUUAAUUUCCAUCAUCAUUCCGUGGUUCCUUAUCAUCAUGGCCUGCAUCAUAGUUUGUUACACCUAUGCUGCCAUUUUUUACCGAUCGAGCGCGCGAGAGCUUAAGCGGCUCGAUGCCAUCCUCCGAUCUUCGCUAUACUCUCACUUCUCGGAAUCUUUGUCCGGUCUCACCACGAUUCGUGCAUAUGGUGAAAUUGACCGUUUCAGAUUGGAGAACGAAGAACGCGUUGACAUUGAGAACCGCGCUUACUGGAUGACCGUUACUAACCAGCGGUGGCUCGGCAUGCGCCUUGAUUUCCUGGGGAUUAUCUUGACCUUUGCAGUCGCGUUGCUGACUGUUGGCACCCGGUUUACUAUCUCCCCUGGCCAAAUUGGCGUCGUUUUGUCGUACAUUGUCAUGGUCCAACAGUCCUUUGGCUGGAUGGUUAGGCAAACUGCUGAGGUGGAGAAUAACAUGAACUCCGUCGAACGUGUCCUACACUACGCCAACGAAGUUGAGCAGGAAGCACCUCACGUUGUUGAGAACAGCCCAGCACCUGCCAACUGGCCAACGGAAGGCAAAGUGGAACUCAAUAAUGUCGUCAUGAAGUACCGGCCAGAACUUCCUGCUGUCUUGAAGGGUAUCUCGAUGUCCAUUGCGCCUGGAGAGAAGAUUGGUGUCGUUGGAAGGACUGGAGCGGGCAAGUCGUCGAUCAUGACGGCCUUGUACCGAAUGGUGGAAAUAACAGAGGGCUCAAUCAUAAUUGAUGGUGUUGAUACGUCUAAAGUCGGCCUCAACCAGCUUCGCACCGGAUUGUCUAUUAUCCCCCAGGACGCUGUGAUCUCGGGAACACUACGGACCAAUUUGGAUCCCUUUGGUCUCCAUGAUGAUGCCAAAUUAUGGGACGCCUUGAAACGUGCCUAUCUAGUGGAUUCUCUGAGUGAGAAUCCGACAAUCACAAAUGGCGAGAGGCAAGAGGCCAAUCGAUCUGGCCCUCGCUUUACCUUGGACAGUCAUGUCGAUGACGAAGGUUCCAACCUUUCUGUGGGGCAGCGUUCGCUUGUGUCACUGGCACGAGCCUUGGUCAAUGAAACCAAGGUUCUCAUUUUGGAUGAAGCCACAGCGUCUGUCGACUAUGAAACGGACCGGAAGAUUCAAGAUACCAUCGCCACCGAGUUCCGUGGUCGGACCAUACUUUGCAUUGCCCAUCGCUUGCGCACUAUCAUCUCCUACGACAGAAUCUGUGUUCUAGACGCCGGGACUGUAGCAGAAUUCGAUACCCCGAGCGCACUCUUCCAAAAGACUGACAGCAUCUUCCGCGGAAUGUGUGAUCAGUCCAUGAUUUCCUGGGAUGACAUCCAAAACGCAUCAUCAGCAUCCAAGCAGUUAUAG